AUGCGGUUUUUAAUCGGCCUCAACUCAAGUUUUUCACAGAUCCGAUCAAGCAUCCUGUUUAUGAUUCCUAUGCCUUCUUUAUCCAAGGUUUUCUCUCUUGUUUCGCAGGAGGAAAGGCAACGCACAAUUGAUGGCAAUGCAUCCUCCACAUCAAUUGUCACUCCUUCAAUGAGUGAACAAUUAUACUCUGCAAAUGCUACUCAGUCCUAUAAUAGAAGCACGAUAUGCUCUCAUUGUGGUAAAACUAAUCAUACAGUAGAUAAAUGUUUUGUAUUACAUGGAUUUCCACCAAGUUUUGGCAAGGUAAAAGGAAAGUACAAUGCUAAGGACAACAAUUUUUCCAAGUAUGUCAACUAUGUGGAGAAUAGCUUUGAUGAAUAUGAUAAGGCUGCUAUCUCCACUAAUAUUGCUGGACCAUCUCCUGAGCAGUGUCAGCAGCUCAUUCAUCUCUUGCUGCUAUUGCCACUCCCUCUCCAUCACCUUCAGCCUCACCAAAUAACACUUCAUCCACAAACUGUGCCUCAUUCGCAGGGAGCUUCUCAGGCAACUGUGAUUGGGAGGGGUAGCCGAAUAAGGAACCUAUACACUCUAGAGUUUUCAGAGCAAGAAAAGAAUCAAGGUUGUUCUGUUCUUUCUCCUGUUUCUUCAAUUUAUUCAACUGCUUCUACUUCUUUUUCAGCCUCUUCUAUAAUUCCUUGUGCAAAUAUUGUCACUGGAAUUGAUAAACACUUGUCAUUUGUAAGAUCAGAUAGCAUAGCUGCUAAUAGCUUUGAUCUUGUGCAUUGUGAUACAUGGGGACCUUUCAAUGCUUCCACCAAUCAAGUUCUCACCCAGUUUGGGAAGAAAAUCAAAGCCAUUCGGUGUGAUAAUGCACCUGAAUUCAACAUCCCUUCUCUGUAUGCCUCCUUUGGCACCAUCAUACAACACUCAUGUGUUGAAACUCCUGAACAAAAUGCCAGGUGCCUCUUACCUCAUAAAUAG